AUUCCGGAGAGGUGUUUUAUUUUGAAGGGCUGGAACAGCCCUGUCAGCAGUGAUCAGCUGACACACUGAGAGGCUGCUUCACCUGACCAGUCAGAGCUGACUGCACAGCACAGGAGUGAGCAGAUAAAUCACACCAUGCUGCCUGAUAAAGAUGGUCCAGGUGUUGGAGGAGGACAGAGCUGUCCUGAGGGAGAGGAUGUCUCUGUGAGUCUGUUCAGAGAGUACCUCCGUCUCAAGACUGUCCACCCAGAGCCUGACUAUGAUGCUGCUCUUCGGUUCCUGGACAGAAUAGCAGAGGAGCUUGAGUUACGCAUGCGAAAGAUUGAGGUUUGUCCGGGCAGGGUCGUAUCGAUCAUGACGUGGGAAGGGACGAACCCGUCCUUGAAAUCCAUCUUACUGAAUUCCCACACAGAUGUUGUACCUGUUUUCCAGGAACAUUGGAAAUACGAUGCUUUCAGUGCUUUCAAAGAUGCAGAGGGCAACAUUUAUGCCCGGGGAUCACAGGACAUGAAAUGUGUAACUAUACAGUUCAUCCAGGCAGUCAGAAGACUGAAGGCAGAGGGACGGAAACUGAUGCGCACUGUGCACUUAAUGUUUGUUCCUGACGAAGAAGUUGGAGGUCACAAAGGAAUGGAAACAUUUGUGAAGCAUCCGGAGUUCCAAAACUUAAACAUUGGCUUUGCGCUUGAUGAAGGUCUGGCCAACCCUGGCGAGGCCUUCACUGUGUUUUAUGGAGAGAGGAACCCCUGGUGGAUUACAGUCCACUGCCCAGGUAGUCCAGGUCAUGGGUCCAGGUUUGUGGAGAACACAUCUGCUGAGAAGCUGCGCCAAGUCAUAAACUCCUUCCUGGACUUCAGAGAGAAGGAGAAACACAGGCUAAAUACCAGUGAGUGUUUCACGCUCGGUGAUGUCACCACAGUGAAUAUGACCAUGGUCAAAGGAGGCGUGGCCUACAAUGUCAUCCCAGCUGAAAUGGACGUCAGCUUUGACCUGAGAAUACCACCUACAGUAAAUCUACAGGAGUUUGAAAGACAGAUCAAACAGUGGUGCAAAGAAGCAGGAGAAGAUGUUACAUAUGAAUUUGCUCAGAAACAUAUGAACCAGAACCUGACUUCUACAGAGGAGAAUGAUCCUUGGUGGAGCGCCUUCAGUGCAGCCUGCAAGGCAAUGAACGUAACUCUGGAAAAGGAGAUAUUUCCAGCUGCCACAGAUAGCCGUUUUAUCCGAGCGGUGGGUAUCCCUGCGAUCGGCUUUUCCCCGAUGAACCGGACGCCAAUCCUGCUGCACGAUCACAACGAGUAUCUGAAUGAGCGAGUCUUCCUGAAAGGCAUCAGCGUGUUCGAGAGGCUCAUCCCAGCUCUCGCCAGUGUUCCUGCCUUUCCUGAUGAGGCUUAGACGAGUCUUAGUUUUAAUCCUCUCUAAAAACAUAUUUCACCGAUGAUAUGAAUAUUUAACUUGAAAGUUUUUGCAGAGAUUACCAAAGAAUAAUAACAUGUAUAUCAUUAAGCCAAACUGAGCACUUAGCCAUUGGUACUAUUGAUUUUUUUUUAUGAUUCUCAGGAUAUAGGCGCAGUAAGCUUUGCAUUACUCAGUAUGGCAGCAGUUUUUUAACAACAUACUUAUUGUAUGUCAACAUUGUUGAUUGAGUGUGCCCGUGUGUAUGCAGUCUUAAAGCUAUAUCACCUAUUGUGUAAACAAUGUUUUCCAUUAGUAUGGAAAAAUCAACUUACUAAAAUGUGAAGACGACUUUAAUUGCCACUUUUUAAAUUAGCUUGAUUUUAAAACUAUGAUUCCACAGAUAUAAUUUUAUUUAAUAAACUGGAAUUGAAUAAAUAUAUUUGUUCAUUA